AGGGUUUGGACGAUUUCUCUACGCUAUGUAUAUGAUAAUCGCUGUAAUCGUUUUAUUAAAUCUACUUAUUGCUAUUAUGAGUAACACGUAUUCUAAAGUACAGGACAAUUCCGACAUUGAAUGGAAGUUCUAUCGGGCUGAGAUGUGGGUGGGUUACUUCCAGGAAGGCGGUACUCUCCCUGUACCAUUCAACAUUAUACCAAGCCCAAAAUCUGCUUUCUAUUUCCUAAAGUCUAUAUUUUGUUGUACCCCAUGCAGGAGAAAUCCAAAGAAAAACUUGGAGAUGCUGAAACGAAAAGAAGUUUACUAUCGCAAAACUGUACAUCAACUUGUAGAACGUUAUUUUGCCAGAAGACAGUAUGUAAACCGACAUCACGAUUCAAAUCCAUUAACUCUCUCAGAAUUCAAAGAAUUUAGAGAUGAGAUGACGUCAUUCAGGAAGAAUGUACAAGACAUAACAACUGAUGUGAUGAACCGAAUAUCACAACUCGAAGGCAGUCUUCAGAAGACAGGCAGUGUACCGUUAUCAGCAUAUGACGGGUUGAAUGUUAACAACUUGAAAGACGAAGACACUAAAUCUCGAUAUAAAACGCUUAAGCAGAGAAUGAUCGAAGAAAAACUACAGAUAAUGGGAGCGAAAUCGACGCCAGAGAACAUCCGCCAUCGAAAAUUUGAUCCGAAAGCUCCUCACUCUGAGACCACUUUUAUACAUCCUAUCUCGCAUCACGAUGUUAUUGCACCCAAGUUUGCUCAAGCAGGUCCGUUUGGCCCCAGACAUAAUGUUAUGAAUCCUAUGUUUCAUGUAGGUGACAUUGAACUUGAAAUAAGAUAGUAAUAAUCAACUUAAUUAAUUUGUGGACAAUAAUUAAUGCAAUAUUCACAUAUUUACCGGAGGUUAUUAUCAUGGUCACGUAACCACAACGAGACUGACAUUGACAAGCAAUUAAGUAAUACCCACCAUUUUUAAUAGUCGUUAAUUGUAAAAGAAUAUACUAUUUGUUGUUUUUAAUUAUGGUUAUUUUAAUAGAUGAGGAUAUAUGAUGUUAUAAUAUUGUCGGAAAUCACGUAAUUACUAUGUGCGCGAGAAAUAUAAAGAAACCACGUUUGAACGGGUAUUCAGAUGAGAUGUCAUUUGUUACUUCUGACUUUAUACCUACAUGAACGAUCGUCUUGAAGACAAUGGAAAGCAAACUAGAUCUCGUAAUGUCGGAUUGUUUGGUGACUGUAAUGCCAUAUACGUAUAUAUUUUUUAAAUGCCACUACGAAAAACUUUUAAGGUUCUUUUUGUA